GUCGCACCCCUCCAAGGAUCCCCGAGCCGUUUCCUGCACCUCCUGAGGACGAGAACGUGAAGGUGAUCGGGCGGCAGCCGAAGGACAUGAUUCCUCCUUUUCCUGACAAACAGAAGGCUCUACCUCUUGCCAUCUCCACGCCUAUCCAGAGGGUGGAGCCUACAGUGGUGUCCUGUAUAAAGUGCCCCGCCCCCUCCUCUAACCCCUCUCCCUCCUGCCUUCCUGCCCCACCCACCCAGAUCAACAAGGCCAAACCCAAUCAGCAGCCUAGAAUUAUUUCCAGCACCAGGAAUGAACCCAUUGGUCUGAACGUGGCCGACUUCCUGCCGUCUGCAGCUAACCACCGAGCUGCUGACCUGAGUGAUGAUGAGGCCCUGACCCAGAUCAGGAAGGGUCACGACACCAUGUGUGUGAUGCUCAGCAGCCGACUGAAGAACCUGCAGAUGGUCAGAACCGUGUGGGCCCGAGAGGACAUCAAGAAAGCUCUGGACUCUGCUGUCUCCAUAAAUGACCUGUCCAUCAUGGUGGAUGUCCUCAACAUCAUCAACCUGCAGCCAUCUUUAUGGAAACUGGAUCUGUGCAUGAGUAUCCUGCCUCAGAUCGACAAGCUGCUGCAGAGCAAAUAUGAGAGGUGAGGCGCCUGUUGGAUAAAAUGUCCUCUAAUCUCACUUACUCAAAGAAGCCACACUGGAUGUCAGGAAAUUUUUAACUGGUUUUACUUGC